UGUUUGCAUCAUUGCAUCAUUGCAUCAUUGCAUCAUUGUAAUCAUAGAAUCCACUAGAAUUUAAUCCAUCACCGAAAUGGCACCAAAUGACAGCUGGCUCACACGCACCACGAAUGCCGCAGCAGCAGGCCUGGGGAACUUCACUGGAGGCAUCGUCAAUGCAGUUGGCAACGGCGUAGUUGGAGCAGGCAGAGGAGCAGGCUCGAGCGUUACAAACACCACUCGAGGUUGGGGUGACACCGUCCGUGAAUACGGUAACUCCAUCAAAGAUGUGACAGGAGCCUCUGGCGCUCGUGCUGGCACAAACAAGAAUCCUCUCGGGCUUGCGAGCAGCAAGGGAGGCGCGAAAGCGACGAUGGCGUCGAGAUCGGGAGGGACCCAGAGGAAGGGGACGGCAGGGAAUCCACUGGGGUUGUAAUGUCCGCGGAUGACAGCCACAAUUGGCCUUGACUUCGAAGAGACUUUCGUGAGAGAGUGAUUGGAGUUAGAUUAGGAUGAAGCGUCCCUUUCAGAUACGCGGGAGGAGGGUU